CUGUCUCCAAAUGUGCAGGGUCUUGAUGGUGAAGAUAUAGUUUCUACUUUGCGUAAUGGUGCGGCAGCUGAAAAUGCAGUUGCUAUAAUGCAAGAAAAGGGUUUCUCACAUCCACGUAGAACCAGACAUCGGUUGACUCCUGGAACGGUUAAAUUUGCAGCAUUUCAUGUUCUUUCUCUUGAGGGAAGCAAGGGCCUCACCAUAUUAGAAGCUGCAGAUAAGAUUCAGAAAUCUGGACUACGUGACCUGACAACAAGCAAGACACCAGAGGCGUCUAUUGCAGCUGCAUUGUCAAGGGAUACAAAGCUUUUUGAGAGAACAGCCCCUUCUACUUAUUGUGUACGGGCUCCUUUUAGGAGGGACCCUGGUGAUGCUGAGGCUAUACUAUCUGCUGCCCGUGAAAAAAUACAGAUAUUUCAGAGUGGGUAUUCAGAUUCUGAAGAUGCUGAGAAGGAUGGGGAUGAUGCUGAUGAUGUUGAAAGAGAUGAAGAUUCCGAAUGUGAUGUUGCUGAGGAUCCUGAAGUUGAUGAUGUUGGAACUUCAUCAAAUCUAAAUAAAGAAGCUCAGCACUCAAAUGAAGCAAAAGAUUCUAAAGCAAUUUCUUCCUCUGGAAAUGAAAAGGAGACUUUCGGCAACGAGGUUGGAGAAACUCCAGAAAGUGGCUUUGCGAAUUCUGAGAAGGGUUUCUCCUCAUUUCUUUCAGGGAAAUACAAGGAAAUGAAUGGUUCAGGUGCUAUCAUUGAUCAGUCUAUCAAUGUUACUGAAAACUUUGGCGAGGCAGUUAUGCUUGAUCAAGAGGAGACAGAGAUUGAUGAAAGCAAUUCUGGUGAACCAUGGGUUGAAGGAUUAACGGAAGGGGAAUACUCUGAUCUCAGUGUUGGUGAGCGUCUAAAUGCACUUGUUUCCCUAAUUGGUGUAGCUAUUGAAGGAAAUUCAAUUCGUCUUGUUCUCGAGGAACGCUUGGAAGCAGCAAAUGCUCUUAAGAAGCAAAUGUGGGCAGAGGCACAACUUGAUAAAAGGCGUAUGAAAGAAGAACACAUGACAAAGUUACAGUAUUCAUCUUUUACAGGGAUCAGAGCUGAGACAAACGUUACUAGUUCUGUGGCAGAGGGAAGCCAAAGUCCAUUGCCUGGUGUUGAGAGCAAGAAUAUUGAAGCUUCUCUGAACCCUGCGGUCAAGUCAGAACCACUUCUUGAUCCACAAGAGUUCUCUGCAGGUCCUGACAAUUUCCCACAUCAGCAACAUGGUUAUGCCACAGAGAAGUCACGCUUUCAGUUAAAAGCUUCUAUUGCUCAUAAAGCAGAAGAGAUGUAUGUAUACAGAUCUUUGCCACUUGGUCAAGAUCGCAGGCGUAACCGAUACUGGCUGUUUGUUACAUCUGCUUCUAGGAAUGAUCCAGGUUCUGGCAGGAUAUUCUUUGAAUCUUAUGAUGGCUGCUGGAGGCUUAUUGAUUCAGAAGAGGCAUUUGAUGCUCUUUUGGGAUCUUUGGAUACACGUGGGAUUAGGGAAUCCCAUCUGCAUUCGAUGUUGCAAAAGAUUGAGACAUCCUUUAGGGAAACUGUUAGACAGAACCUGUGUAAGACCAGCAUCAUGGAUAUGAGGGAGGUUACUCUCAGAACUGAAUCUGCUGAAAUGACUUCCAUUCAAGAUUGUGGAGCUGAUGGGUCUGAUAGUCCUAGCAGUAUGGUGUGUGGAUCUAGUGCUGAUACACUAGAGCAGGCAUCGUCUUUCAAAAUUGAGCUUUGGAGGAAUGAUGCUGAGAGAGUUAAUGGCUAUAAGAGAUAUCUAGAUUUCGAGAAGUGGACUUGGAAGGAAUGCUUUAAUCACUAUGUAUUAUGUGCUAUGAAAUAUGGGAAGAAAAGAUGCCUAGAGCUGCUUGGCAUUUGUGAUGUAUGCCAUGAUACCUACUUGUCCGAAGACAAUCACUGUUCUUGUUGUCAUGCUACUUUCAGCACCCUUGCUGACUACAGUUCUUCUGAACAUGUGCUACAAUGUGAAGAGAGACGAAAAGUGGACCCUAACUGGACUUUCAAUUGUCCAGAUGCUUCUUUUCCCAUGAGGUUCAGAUUGCUCAAGGCAAUGCUUGCAAUAAUGGAGGUUUCAAUUCCAUCUGAAGCCCUUGAACCUUUCUGGACUGACACAUAUAGAAAAUCUUGGGGUUUGAAGUUGCAGACUUCAUCAUUAGCAGAGGAACUUCUUCAGAUGCUGACAUUGUUGGAGAGUUGCAUUAAACGAGACUGCCUGUCAUCAAAUUUUGAGACGACAAAGGAAUUAUUAGCUUCUUGCACAUCUGCAGAGUAUGUUGUGGAUGAUUGCUUGUCGUUUCCUGGAUCUGUUGUGGUACUUCCAUGGGUACCACAAACGACGGCUGCUGUGGCAUUAAGGCUUGUGGAAAUUGAUUCAUCCAUCUCUUACAUUAUGCACCAAAAAGUGGAGUCUCAGAAAGACAAGGAAGCUGGAGAAUAUAUUAAACUCCCAUCAAGAUAUACUAUUGUCAAAAAUAUCCAAGAUGUUGAACUCGCAGAAACUACAGAGCAGGCUGAAAAUCUACAAGAAGAGAGGUGGGAUGAUCCUGCCAGUGCACGUUUGAGCGCUGGAAGUGGAAGUGGACGUGGACGUGGAGGCCGUGGACGAGGACGUGGUCGCAGCCGAGUUGGAUGGUUGCAGAGAGGUGCUGGCAGCUUCAGAUCUGAAUCUGCCAAAGAAAAUGCUGGGAGUAGUGAAAAGACAGUUAAAGGAUUAAGAAGGAAGAGCCGAACAAGGGGACGGGGCCGUAAGCGAGGUCGUCGUACAGCCAGAAGUAGGCCAAGAGUGGAGAAAAGGGUGAUUGAGAAGCAGACCCCAUUGAGUCGGUUUGAUGAACCAUGUAGCCCCAGAAACAACAGUGGUGGACAAUCGUCCAGAAGCUCUGGAGGUGAUGAAUGGGAUGUUGAAGAAACUAGGACAAUGGAGGUAGAGGUAGCAGAAAACAGUAACAAUUUAGAGGCGUCGGAAUCUGAUGACAAUGCUCAGGUGUCUGGGGAUGAGUAUGAUGAGCAGGGGCAAUACUAUGGUAAUUUAUUCCAUAGCAAGUCUGAGGACAUAAUGGAGGAAAGUGAAGAAGAUUUCAAUGAUGCUGAUGGUGAUGGUGUAGAUGGAGAUAGUGACAGUGACGAGGAGGGAAAUGAGGAUGAUGAUGGAGAUGGAGAUGGAGAUGGAGAGGAAGAGGUCGAUGGGGAAGAAGAGGAUGUGAUGGAUGAGAGGGAUGGAGAGGAAAAUGAAGACGAGGACCAGGAGCAGCAUGGGGAUGAAGAUGAAGAUACCGGGUCGACAUCGUCAGAUUAUAGCGAGUAAGGAUAGUCUUGUAAAUUUAUUAUUGUUAGGAUAAAUAUAGGUAGGUGCCUCCAUAGACGAGUGGGUGAGCAUAAUCUAGCUUUGCAUUCUUUUAUUUAAAAAAGUUAUAAUGUCCUGUAGUUAGUUGAAGUUCAUCAACUUUGUAUACCGUUUUCAAUCACAGAAAAAUAUGGAAAAAAAAAAAAAAGAAAUGAAA